GCAAGCAACAUGGACACACACACUCUACCAGUUGCUAGGCAACCAAUUAAGAUGGCCACCGGAACUCCAUCACCUCCGAGCCCACGAAUUAGAUCCGUCAUUUCCGGUGGCUGGGAGUGACGGGUCAGAAGGCGGAGAGGGAAGAUGGCGGCGCCGGAGGAGCGGGAGCUGAGCCAGGAGCAGACCGAGAAACUGCUGCAGUUCCAGGACUUGACAGGAAUAGAGUCAAUGGACCAAUGUCGCCAAACCUUGCAACAGCACAACUGGAAUAUAGAGGCAGCUGUCCAGGACAGACUCAAUGAACAAGAGGGUGUUCCUAGUGUCUUUAACACAGCACCCAAUCGACCGCUACAAGUGAAUACAGCCGACCAUAGAGUAUACAGUUAUGUGGUGUCCCGGCCACAGCCCAGGGGGCUCCUUGGCUGGGGUUACUACCUGAUCAUGCUUCCAUUCCGCAUCACCUAUUACACACUACUUGAUAUAUUUAGGUUUGCUCUUCGUUUUGUCCGACCAGAUCCACGUAGCCGAGUUACUGACCCCGUGGGGGACAUAGUCUCCUUUAUACAGAUGUUUGAAGAGAAGUACGGCAGAACACACCCUGUGUUUUACCAGGGGACCUAUAGUCAGGCUCUAAAUGAUGCCAAACAGGAGCUGCGGUUUUUGCUGGUGUAUCUGCAUGGGGAGGAUCAUCAAGACUCUGAUGAAUUUUGCAGGAAUACCCUUUGCACAUCAGAGGUGUCUCAGUUCAUCAACAGCAGAAUGCUAUUUUGGGCAUGCUCUACUAACAAGCCAGAGGGAUUCAGAGUUUCCCAGGCCCUUCGUGAGAACACAUACCCAUUCUUAGCCAUGAUAACGCUGAAGGAUCGCCGAAUGACUGUGGUGGGAAGGCUGGAAGGUUUGAUUCAGCCACAGGACUUAAUUAACCAACUGACUUUCAUAAUGGAUGCCAACCAGACCUACUUAGUGUCUGAGAGAAUGGAACGGGAGGAGAGAAACCAGACUCAGGUACUGAGGCAGCAACAGGAUGAAGCAUACCUAGUAUCCCUGAGAGCUGAUCAGGAGAAAGAACGUAAGAAGAGGGAGAAGCAGGAGCAAAAGAGAAGAGAGGAAGAGGAAGCACAGCUCAGGCAGCUGGCAGAAGAGAGGAAGAAAAGGACCCUGCAAGAAGAGAAGGAGCGCAAGUCAGAGUGUCUUCCUGCAGAACCACAGCCAGACCAUCCUGAUAGUGUGAAAAUCAUUUUUAAGAUGCCAAAUGAUACCAGAGUGGAGCGGAGGUUCCUCUUCACACAGUCCCUAUCAGUGAUUCACGAUUUCCUUUUCUCUCUGAAAGAGACCCCGGAGCAUUUCCAGAUAGUGGCAAAUUUUCCCCGUAGGGUGUUGCCUUGCCUUCCUAGUGAGGAAGCCCCUGUGCCUCCGACCCUCCAGGAGGCUGGAUUCAGCCGCUCACAGCUUCUCUUUGUACAGGAUCUAACGGACGAAUAACAGAGUUUUAUUUUUAUCCCCCAAGGGAAUUUGGGGAGGAAAAAAAAAAAAAAAAAAAGCAGGUAGGGAUGAAUGAGAUACAAAUUCUCAUGGCAUCAUUAUUUUUGUUUUUUUUAACUGCUGCUACUGACUUUGGAUCCAGGCAUAUUCGCCUAGGGAAGGAGGGGAAGGUAGCAUGCAGCAAAGAACUGUUUUCCCCAUUGGAAGGGGAUGAAGACAAAUAUAACAAUGCAGGGAGUUUGUUGCAGGGUCCCAUUUGGCAUUUCCAAAGUGACGUGAUCAGAUUGUCUGCAUAGGGGUUUGCAUAGUCUUGCAUGCCCCUCCACCUCAGUUAAGGAGGACCGUCUCUGUGGAAUAAACACUUAGAUCCAUGCCUCUAACAGGUUCUGCGGGAGCAUAACUUCUGUCAUUUCUGUUUUGAGGAACAAGAGGAAACUAUCUUCCUCACUCUGUAUAAAGCAGUUUCUUUUUUUUUUAAUUGUACUUUUCUUUUCAUUGUUGCUUUCUAAAAGACCAAAGGAGAGAAGUUGGCAGCUGUCAUUGCUUUGAGAUGAAAGGAUUUUCAACAGAUCCAGUUGGAAGAGUGUAUUGUGAUAUCUGGCUUUGGGAUUGAAGGGGUCCUGGUUAUUUCCAACCCCCUUUAGUGUAAUAAAGGCAAUAUAUAGUGACUGGUCUACCUGCUUAGAUGCCUUCUUGUCACUAGUAUUCUGUAUGUCCCAACUGGACUAUAUUCAAGAAAAUAAUUUAUUCCAGAUAUAAAUUAAAAACAUUUUAGAGUU